AUGUGCAGCGGGGCUGCGAGGAGCCAGCUCUACAAUCUCCUGCUGGAGCUGCGGGUGCUCUUCAGGAGAGGCUCCUUGGACUUGCAAGAGAUCUAUUAUCUCAGCAUGAUUUGGCAUCGGAUCCUUGCAGCGAUCUUUCCCGAGACAGGACUGCAGCUGUUGGGCACCGACCUCUCCGAGCAGAAGAUCUUGACUGCCCGGAAAGGGGAGUAUCCCUGGUACUCACUGAAGGAUUUGCCUCCGGAGUGGUGCGAGCAGUUCUUCGAUUCUCCCGCCAAUUCCUGGCCUCGAGGGCUUCGCCCUCGCGCUGCGGCGCGGCUCCAAGCCGCCCGUACCUUCGCCAGCCAGGCUGGCACCGAGGCCUUGUACAGAGUCAAAGACAAUGGAGUACGCAGGGACGUGGAGUUCCUGUGUCAGGACGUAACCGCAGAAAUGCCUGAGGGUCCGUUCGAUGUGAUCCUGUCAAGAUACGCCGUUUGCCUAUAUCUACCAGGAGAUCAGCGGUCACAAGUACUGGUGCAGAUGGUGGAGAGGCUUCGCCCGGGAGGCUUCCUGGUCAUUGGUGGCAAGGACCAUCUGCCCAAUGGCUUCUGUGACAAGCACGGCCUCAUGGAGGUGGAUUACCGGGCUCACGAGAUUGGCCUGGGCGAUGUGAGGUGUAUUUUUCAGAAAUCUGGUGGCGCUCCUCUGGACGCGAACCUGGCGGAUCGGCGUGGGAGGGCUCCGUCCUACUCGCAGUACGUCCGGUCCCUUGGCAGCGAGCCGUACUGGGUGGCCGAGCGUCGACGCCUGGAGCGCCAGCGCCUGGCAGUCCAGAUGAGCCAGAAAAGCCGGGAUCUGUUGAAUCAGGCCGUGCAAGAAGGCCGCCGUCUCUGCGACAGCCCCUUCGACAGGGAGAGCAAGACUGGCACUGUUAAGCCUUCGGAGCCACAACAUGUGGAGCGGACACCUUCGAUGCCCAAGGAGGAGCGCGAGGUCAGGUUGCAGAGCUUCCUGCAGCGUUUGGAGAAGGACCUUGCAGAGCGCGGCCGCAGGUCUUUGAAGGCCGAGAUCGAAAGAUUAGACUGUUUCAUACCUGGACUGCUUAUUCCGAAGUCGAAGUCGUGGAAGAGGAAGAAGAAAAGAAAGAAGAGGAGGAAGAAGAAGUCCAGGGAAGAACCUGCGCCAGCAGCCGUAGAGGAUCCCGAGGAUCCUGAGGAGGAGGAGGACGAUGACGGGAUUGCUGACCUCACACCCGCUGAGCCGAACUUUGACAGCGUCCUGUUUUCCCCAUAUGCCUCUGGAUCUCUGCAAUUCUUCUAA